CUGCUAGUCCGACCUGCUGUGUCGGUUUCACUUUUCUUCUUCGUUGCUGAACACAGGUGACACGGCACGCAAUUUCUGCAAGGCAAGAUCCCAAGUUGAAUCCGGCAUUCCAAGACGUAAACUCUAAAAAAUACAAAAAACAGGAAAAAAUCAUGUUGAGCACGUCUUCGCUGGCUAAGGAAAAGGUCUGGGUCCAGAAACCCAAAUAUGAUCUCGCAGAAAAGCAAUACUAUGAGAAGCUUGCCAAAUUAGCUCAGAAUUCCCAACCCAAGACCCAGGCCCAGGCACAGCAGGUGCCUCAAGAAAAAGUUGUGAACAAAGCGCCUGAGCCAGUGCCAGAAGCGGCAGUGCCAAAGGCAGACCCAAAAGGGUCAAAAAAGUCACAAGAACAACAGAAAAAAACUGCACAAGCCGUUGUCCCUGAAGUUAAAAACCAAGCGAAGGAUUUAAAAAAUACACAAGAAUGCCAUGAGAAGCUGCAAAAAGGAUUACAAAACUCGUUGAAAAAAGAACACAAAAACAAACAAGAUUCCAAUCCCCCAUUAAAUAAAGAUUUGGUUGCAAACCCAGUCACGGAUCUUGCUCCAGUCCCUGUUAAAGUUGAAGAUCCCCCGCCCCCUGCUGAUUAUGACACUAAAGAAAACCAGUCACACAUUGCCGCAUUCGAUUUCGAGCUGACUAUCAAGUGCAACUCGAAGAAGGCAAAAAAAGCCAAAAAAGAGAGGAAACGAAACAAUAACGUCAACAAUAACAAUGUCAACAAUGAAAACAAUGCAAAUAACGCGAAAAAGGGUGCCCCACAGAGUGUUAAUACACUGGCUGGUGAAGUGGCCAAAGCAAGGGAACACAUCAAAAACAGUAUGCAAUGUAUUGACAAUGUGACAUCGAUGACUUCAAAUCUUGUUAACGGUAGUGGAGCAAAUAAACUACAACAGCUUGAGAAGGACCACACUCAGUUGAAACAAAAGGUGGGCGAUAUGUCACAACUUAUUGUUAAACUUGAACAGAGAGUUACUGAACUUGAGAAAGCACUUGCCAGCAAGACUACAUCAGCGACAAAAGCUUCGCAGCACUCACCUCAACCUAAACAAGCCCCUCCUGCUGCCAAACCUCAGGAUGAUGAUGCUGAUGAUGGUGUAGACUUGUUUGCUUCAGAUUCAGAAGAUGAAGAUACUGAAGCUGCAAAAAUCAAAGAACAAAGACUCGCCGAAUAUGCUGCUCGAAAAUCAAAAAAGCCUGCACUUAUUGCAAAGUCAAAUAUUAUUCUGGAUGUCAAACCAUGGGAUGAUGAGACUGAUAUGAAAAAAAUGGAGGAAGAAGUUCGCAAGAUUAAGACAGAUGGUCUUGUUUGGGGAGCAUCUAAACUUGUACCUCUGGCAUAUGGAAUUCACAAACUGCAGAUUUCAAGCGUCGUGGAAGAUGACAAAGUUUCUGUAGAUUGGCUGCAAGAAACCAUUGAACAGCUGGAAGACUAUGUCCAAAGUGUAGAUAUCGCAGCUUUCAAUAAGAUCUAGAGAAAGCAAUAAACGUACUUAAAAUAUAAUUGGAAUCUUCUUAACACCACCUCAUCCAUUUAACAAUACAAAUAUAUCAUUACAACACAAAUUGUCUAAUUUAUUCGUAGGCAAAUUUCAGAAAUAUAGGAGUGGAAAUGUGCAAAAGAAUGUUCAAAACUGCUACUUUUUUAAACUUUUUAUUUAACAUCUUCAAAUAUUGAAAUAUUAUAUGCAUUAAAUUAUUAUUUGAUUA